AUGAUCUUGUACAUCAUACGGUCAAUAUCUUGGAAAUGGCGGGUAAAUAGUAAUGGUACUACCAUUAAUCGUGUUGGUGGCUGGUCAUCGCCCCAGUGUUCUUUCCUAGUUCUCGACGAUCGCCCGCAUCAUCCACUCAGAAUCAUCACAGGCCACCCCUUCAUGGGAAAAUCCUCAGCCAUUUUCAGCCACGACCGCAGAUACUGUGCCUAUUAA